AUGUCGAGGAACAAUAGGAAACGUGGAUCGACCGCGCAACCGAAAUUUGUUGUAGAAGAGGCGGCCAGAGACAGGAUAUCACAAGUUCAAGAGUUUCAGGAGUUGCUGGAUAGCCAAAAAACCGAUUUUGAAAGGGUCAGAGCAGGGUAUAGUCAGCAGAAUGUGAGACUAGCGAGAUGCAAUAGUACGUUGCUGAUUAGAAUUCGAGAGAUGGAGAAGAAUGUGAGCGAAUUGGUGCAGGAAAACGUGACUUUACGAUCUCGACUCUCUGUCAACGAAGCACGCUUCAAAGAGCGAUUGGAUGACCAAGUUCAAAUGCUGGAAAGGGGAAUUUUGCAACGGUUUGAAGAAAUUUUCCACAUGUUUGCAUCUAUAAGGAGAAGGGAAGGUUUAAGGCCGUCGGCGGUAAAUUUUACGGAAAAAACCGCCGGGAUAAACGAGCCCCGUUCUAUCUUGAAAAGGAGUCGCCCAUCUUCGUCUCGUACACAGCGAAGUAUAAGGAACUCGGGGAUCACGUUUUCUGACUUGGAUCCGGAAUCAGGUGCGCGCGGAGAUUCUGGUCACACGAACGAUAUAACUGAAGAGUCUAGUACAAGAAAGGACCUGAGUCCACAAACUAAGAAACGACGCAGGAGUUCCAGAAGAGAAUCUUUGUUCAGUCGGGCCGACUUUGAGUUUUUAGAUGAAGGUGGACGACUGCCCGAUGCCGAUGACGGAUCUGCUAGUAGACCCACUGCAGACAACGAAACACCCGAUGCUCGUAACGUAACACUUCCAGACGAUCCAGAAGUACCAGAAGAUCAAGAUCUGACGUCUCUCAAUGAUGUUUGCAAUUUCACAACAUCCAUCAUCGAUUGCUCGAUACCCGAAGAAGCAGCCGAAAUGGAUGCCGCUACGGGGAAAGGCGCAGAAGCCUCUAGCAGUAAAAUUGGAGUGUAUCAAGACCAUCAAGAUGAAACCAACAUCGACCAGAAUCGCAGCAGCAUGAAUCACAGCACCACGACCAGCAUAUCCGACAACACAUUCCCACAACAACAAUUAGCAUUUUUGCCAAUAAAGAAAACGUCGCAACAAAAGAUUAAGCAUUCCAUGAAAUCUAGAGGAGGUAAAAAGAUGAUUGAUGAAGUUAUGCCCGCUACUGCUACCGAGAAGUUUCUCAGCGAUUCUAGGGUUCGUCGCACUAGAGGUAAAGCGGUUAAUUACACGUUACCGUCCCUCAGAGCCAAAAUGCGUCGUCCAUCUGAAAAGUUCGUCGACGCCACAACCACCGUGGAUAUACAUGAUCUUCAAGUCCGUGGUGGUGAAAAAAGAGCACGUACUAAAUCCAAAGAGCCUACUCCAGAGACGACUCCUAGCGGCUUCGAGGGCGUCAACAAACCUGAAGAUCCUACCGCGUCCGACCAGACUGUUCCUGAGCAUUCUCCCCAGGAGACUGGCCCCGCUCAGCAAAGUACUGACGCCAAUAAUGAAUUCAAUAGUUCUGAGAGCACCUUAAUUUCAAGACCGCCCACGUCAAGUACACCGAGACCAAGUGCCUUGAAGGAUAUAACAAACAAAUCCCAAGGGAAAUCGCUAGGAAAGACCAAAAAGCUAUUUAAGAGAGCAAUCAUUGGCGAUAUAGAUGAUGAAAACUCGGUCACAACCGAAAAUGCUGCAAAAGGCAAAACAACAAACUUUAGAUUGCAUGGCGAUGAUUUAUCAGCCUUCCAUUUGCUUGAUGAUUUAAAAAAUAAUGGUCGUCCAAGAACUCAUAGAGCGCAGGCCAAAAGACCUCUGGAGAAACGCAAACAAAAAUCAAGUCUAAAAAGCUGA